GCGAUGAGGAUGGUUUUUGUGCUAUUUAUGAAGGCUUUCACCAGACCAUGUGUAAAGCGGCUGUACCUCUUUGUCACCACCCUAAAAGAGCCACGUGCGUCCUUCAUAUUUUUACAGGUCUGUUUCUCUCCCUUCAUUGAUAGUUCUUAGCCAAGCUAGGGAUUCUUUGAAGUAUGGAGUCGGUCGUUAUGGAUAUCUCCUUGGAGGUUGUCAAUGGAGCAUUUGUGAUAGCUUUUCUCACAUGGGUUUUGCGAGAUGUUUGGAGACAAAGGAGAGAUAGUGGUGAUGUAAAUUUGGAACAGAGACCAACGAGAGGAUAUAGAGUUUUCACUACAAUUACUGUUCUUUCUAAUGUCAUGGUCUCAAUUUCGUACCUUGGUUUUGUUUUGUUUGAAUAUUGGAAUCAUAGGAAUAUCGCUCGUAAAUAUGUCUUCUUAGCCAUGACUUGGUUUUUAGCAACUUUACUUACAAUCUAUGCUAAGAAAAGAACUCUUGGAGAAGACAAAAGAUGGCCAUUAGUCCUCACUCUGUGGUGGGUUUUCUCCUGCGUCUUUGAUUCUGUUUCUCUCUCCAUUUAUGCUAUCACCCUUUUGAGAUCCAUGGAUUUGCCAAUUUUUAUGCCGGAGCCUAACAUAGUUGAUUUUACUUCACUUCCUUUGGCUUUAGUGCUUUGUUUUAGUGCUUUUCCUAGUAGUUGUACCAGAAAACGCAGUGACAUAGUAGAACCCUUACUUCGAAAGGAAAAUGGAAGUUCCUCAGCUGGAUUCACCAAUGCUGGAAUUUGGAGCCAAGUCACCUUCCAGUGGCUAAAUCCUAUUUUUAAAAUAGGUCGAAUUCAAAAACUUGAACUGCCUCAUAUUCCUUCAGUUCCUCAAUCUGAAACAGCAGAAGAUGCUUCCUUGUUGCUGGAGGAAUCGCUUAGAAAGCAGAAAUUCGAAGAUUCUUCACUGCCUAAAGCCAUAGCCUAUGCCAUAUGGAAAUCUUUACUAACAAAUGCAGCUUUUGCAGGAGUCAACACAAUUGCGUCCUACAUGGGUCCUCUCCUGAUCUCAAACUUUGUGAAUUUCUUGUCGGGGAAUGAUUCAAGCAUCCUCAAUGGUUUGAAUAUUGCAUUCUUUCUCUUCUUCGCAAAGACAGUGGAGUCAGUAACUCAAAGACAAUGGUAUUUUGGUGCUCAGCGCAUUAGUAUACAAGUACGGGCAGCUCUAAUGGUAUUGAUUUACAAGAAGUCUCUAUCAAUUAAGUAUGGUGGUUUAAGCAAUGGUAAAGCAAUAAAUUUAAUCAAUGUGGAUGCCGAAAGAAUUGGAGACUUCUGCUGGUACAUUCAUGGAGUUUGGUUGCUUCCGGUCCAGGUAAUUCUUGCCCUGAUCAUUCUUUACAAGAAUCUUGGUGCUGCCCCAUCCAUUGCUGCUCUUUUUGCCACCAUUUUGGUUAUGUUAUGCAACACACCUUUGGCCAAUAUUCAAGAAAGGCUUCACUCCAAGAUCAUGGAAGUUAAGGAUUCAAGAAUCAAAGUGACUUCAGAGGUUUUGAAGAGCAUGAGGGUUUUGAAGCUGCACUCAUGGGAAUCCACAUUCCGGAAGAAGCUCCUUCAUCUUAGGGAAACUGAGAGAAGCUGGCUGGAGAGAUACCUCUAUACUUGCUCAGCAGUGGCCUUUCUCUUUUGGGCUUCUCCAACUUUUGUUUCAGUAAUCACUUUUGGUGUAUGCAUUGUAUUGAACACACCAUUAACAGCAGGUACGGUCCUCUCAGCUUUAGCCACUUUUCGAAUUCUACAAGAACCUAUCUACAACCUACCAGAGCUUAUAUCCAUGACUGCUCAAACGAAAGUCUCAGUUGAUCGAAUCCAGAAUUUCAUUGGAGAAGAAGAUCAAAAGAAGUUGCUACAGUAUCAUACUUCAGCAGAGUCCAAUAUUGCGAUUGAAUUUGAGGCAGGAGAAUACACUUGGGAAACAGGUGACGAAAAAUCAAAGAGGCCUACAAUCAAAAUAAUGGAGAAGAUGAAUAUAAUGAAAGGUUAUAAGGUUGCAAUUUGUGGUCCAGUUGGAUCAGGAAAAUCAAGCCUACUAUCCAGUAUAAUCGGUGAAAUUCCUAGGAUUUCUGGGGCAGGAAUAAAGAUUUAUGGAACAAAAGCCUAUGUGCCCCAGAGUGCUUGGAUUCAAACUGGUACUAUUAGGGAGAAUGUCUUGUUUGGCAAGGAAAUGAACAAGGCCUUUUAUGAGGACAUAUUGGAAGCCUGUGCUUUGAAACAGGAUAUCAAGAUGUGGCUAGGGGGAGAUUUGAGCGUAGUUGGAGAGAGGGGGAUAAACUUAAGUGGAGGACAAAAGCAGAGGAUUCAACUGGCAAGAGCUGUCUAUAGUGAUGCUGAUGUUUAUUUCUUGGAUGAUCCUUUCAGUGCUGUUGAUGCACAUACUGGAACCUAUUUGUUCAAGAAUUGUCUCAUGCAACUCUUAUCCCAGAAAACUGUGGUCUAUGCUACCCAUCAAGUGGAAUUUCUAGAUGCUGCGGACAUCGUUCUGGUGAUGAAUGAUGGAAGGAUAGUGCAGUCGGGAAAGUACGAAGAUCUGAUUGCAGAUCCUAGCAGUGAACUUGUUAGACAAAUGGAUGCUCAUAGAAAAUCACUGAACCAUGUUAACUCAUACCAACAUGAUAACUCCUUAACCAGUAGACCUUCUCCUAUGAAUCAGAUAGAAGUUGCAGAAGAAAAUUUUGAAGGGCCCAUCAAGAAUGAGAAACUUACUGUGAGAUCUCAAGAAGAAGAAACAGAAACUGGUAGAGUGAAAUGGAGUGUUUACUCAACCUUUGUCACUUCCGCUUACAAAGGAGCUCUAGUUCCCGUUAUCCUUCUCUGUCAAGUUCUCUUUCAGGGACUACAGAUGGGCAGCAAUUACUGGAUGGCAUGGGCAACAGAGGUAGAAGGCAAGGUCAGUAGAAAGCAGUUGAUAGGGAUAUUUGUUCUGCUGUCUGGUGGGAGCUCAAUCUUCAUAUUGGGAAGGGCAGUUUUGCUGGCAACUAUUGCUGUUGAGACUGCCCAGCGUCUCUUCUGUGGAAUGAUCACAUCAGUUUUCCGAGCACCCAUUUCCUUUUUUGACUCCACGCCUUCAAGUCGAAUCCUUAGUAGGUCUUCUACAGAUCAAAGCACGGUAGACACAGACAUUCCCUUCAGAUUAGCUGGAUUGGCAUUUGCACUUAUUCAGCUAUUUAGUAUCAUCAUCCUUAUGUCCCAUGUGGCGUGGCAAGUCUUCCCUCUCUUCCUUGCCAUUCUUGCAAUCUCCAUAUGGUAUCAGGCUUAUUACAUUACUACUGCCAGAGAACUAGCCCGAAUGGUUGGAAUUCAUAAGGCUCCAAUCCUCCAUCACUUUUCGGAAUCAGUCUCUGGGGCAGCAACAAUUCAUUGUUUUAAUCAGGAAGAUCGCUUCCUGACAAAAAUUCUGAGCCUGAUCGAUGAUUAUUCUCGGGUAGCCUUUUACAAUUCUGCCACAAUGGAAUGGCUAUGUGUUCGGAUCAACUUUCUCUUCAACCUGGUGUUUUUCCUUGUUCUGAUCAUCUUGGUGGGCCUGCCUAGGUCAGCCGUCAACCCCAGCUUGGCAGGACUGGCAGCUACCUAUGGUCUGAACCUAAAUGUUCUUCAAGCUUGGGUUAUAUGGAAUAUGUGCAAUGUUGAAAACAAAAUGAUAUCAGUUGAGAGAAUUCUUCAAUUUACUAACAUACCAAGUGAAGCGCCUCUAGUGAUCGAAGACUGUAGGCCAAAGCCUGAAUGGCCAACAGAUGGGAGAAUAGAGCUUGAAAACCUGCAAGUUCAGUAUAAUCCUGCUCUCCCAGUGGUUCUCAAAGGGAUCACUUGCACCUUCCCAGGAGAGAAGAAAAUUGGAGUUGUGGGCAGGACAGGAAGUGGAAAGUCAACUUUAAUUCAAGCUCUCUUCAGGGUGGUGGAGCCUUCGGGAGGACGCAUUCUUAUUGAUGGAGUUGACAUUUGCAAGAUAGGAUUACAGGAUUUAAGGUCUAGGUUGGGUAUAAUACCACAAGACCCAACUUUGUUUCAAGGAACCAUCAGAAGUAAUCUUGAUCCUUUACAACAGCACUCGGAUCAAGAAAUUUGGGAGGUUCUCGGUAAGUGUCAUCUCGCGGAGAUGGUGAAACAAGAUCAAAGGCUUCUUGAUGCACCAGUUGCCGAAGAUGGAGGAAAUUGGAGUGUAGGACAGAGGCAGCUUGUUUGCCUGGCCAGGGUGCUCCUCAAGAAGAGAAAAAUUCUGGUGUUGGAUGAGGCUACUGCUUCGAUUGAUUCUGCAACUGAUAGUUUAAUUCAACAAACAAUAAGAGAUGAGACAAAGGGAUGCACCGUCAUCACUGUGGCUCAUCGUAUACCCACUGUUAUCGACAAUGAAUUGGUUCUAGUUCUUGAUGAAGGCAAGGUUGCAGAGUAUGGCUCCCCAGCUCAGUUACUGGAGGAUAAUUCAUCUUCAUUCUCAAAGUUGGUGACUGAGUUCUUGAGGAGAUCAUCCAAGAAGAAUAACCACGAUAGGGAACUAUCUUGAGGAAGGGCAGAGAUUAUGAUGAAGACUGCAGCAACGCCCUUGCAAGCCAGAAGGUCAAUCAUUACAAUCUAACGAAUGGAAAUGCCCCGAUCGAGGGGCUAAAAAGAGACUGACAGCAACAGCUCUGACAAUUGACACCUUCAAGAUUCAUGACUUGCAAACAAAGAGACAACUAUAAUUCAUAGAUGACAACGUUGACAUAGUUUCUAACUGCAUUUUUGUCAUAAAAUGAGACAAUAUUUGGGUUGGCAACACCAUUGCCCAAAUAAUCAAAUAUUGUCACCACAGAUCGAGUUGACCAAUAUUGCGGACAACUAUAACCGCCCCCAAGAACUUCUUUGAGCCAUUCUUUCCCGUCUUCUUUUGUGGUUUAGCAGUGUGAGCUAAAGCAUGAAGAUUGUUGGUACAAAAAGAACUGUUUCAGUUCAGAAAUGGGGAAAAUCAUUACACUUCUCUCAUGUGCUUUCCAAGCUCUACAAACAUAUAUAUGAACGUGUCAGUGCUGCGGGCCUAGAGUGUCUGAUUCCAAAGAAAAGAUUCUCCGACUC